CAGUGUGACAGAUGCUUCCCACAGGUCCCUCUGGACUGUGCCAUGGCUCAGGAAGGGACACAGAACUCACUGAGUAUGUUUUCCCUUGGUGUUUUCUUCACCAAGCAGGAGCUUUUUAUUUUUCAGUGCACAACACAGCUGCCAGUACCACGGUGACAGCCACCAAGAGCACCUCAGCAGCCACCAAGAACACCUUGGUAGGGGUGGUGACCACCAAGAAAGCCUCAUUGGUGGCUGUGACCACCAAGAACACUUCAGUGGCCACACAGAAUGCUGCAGUGGUAGCGGUCACCAAGAACACCUCGGUGGUAGCCAUGGCCACCAAGAACACCUCAGCGGCCACCAAGAACACCUCAGUGUUAGUCAAGGCCACCAAGAAUGCAUUGGCAGCUACCAAGAACACCUCGGUGAUGGCCAUGACCACCAAGAAUGCCUCAGCAGCCACCAAGAAUGGUUUGGUGGUGGUGGCAUCUACCAAGGAAGCCUCGGCGGCCACCAAGAACACCUCAGUGGUGGUGGUCACCAACAAUGCCUCUCUGGUGGCCACCAACACCUCUGUGAAGGGAGCAGAAGAGACAAUGCAAACGUGCCAGAGUUUCCAGUGCUCCGGAGAGAGAUGUUACCAGGAUGCAGGCCAUGCCAACAGAACAACCACCUGCCAUAAUGAGACCUACUGCGAGCUUUAUCGUUUCUCCAGCACGAACUACACAGCCCGGUGCAGCGGUGGGUGCAGCGUGGAGCCGUGCAGCACCAACAGCAGUGUGAGCAGGCAGCAGUGUGCCCUGGAGUGCUGUGCUGGCCCUCUCUGCCUGCAGCUCAACGCCAGCGCCUACGGUAUCACCCAGCUUCGUUCUGCGGUGGAGAUGGGAGAUGGGUGGGGAGAAUCGUGGAGGGGCUGUGGCUGCACCUCUUCUGCUCUGUCCUUGGAGCUGGGUGACCUGCCACCCACCACCACUUCCACCGUGCCACUGACAGCCACCACCACCACCACCCCCCGGCCUCCCCCCCAAAACGUAGAUGAAGAAGAUGGGCUUGAAUUACAUGGCAGGAUGUAG